UACAGCUUCCUUUCUCUCCGGAAAAGCCGAUAAGGCUUUGACGCGUGCCGUCGUUUUAAUAAAAUUGCAACUCUGGAUCUAAAAUCCGUACAAAGAUUCACAAACGGAAGUUUUUACUCUUUCAUCAGCAAACAGUGGUAAUACACGUACAUCAUGUCCCGCUUUUUCGCCACCGGAUCCGACAGCGAGUCGGAAGAAUCAUUGUCUGCAGAUGAGAUCACCCCAAAAACAACCGGGACUACUUUUAAUAAGCAGGCUCUGUUGCUAAGUGAUGAGGAGGAGGACACCAAGAGAGUGGUACGAAGUGCCAAGGAUAAGCGGUUUGAAGAGCUCACCAACUUAAUCAAGACAAUUCGCAAUGCUAUGAAGAUCCGAGACAUUUCCAAAUGUCUGGAGGAGUUUGAGCAGUUGUGUCGUUCCUUCCUCAAAAGUAAAACGAUCGUGGACAAAGAGGGUGUGCCGCAGUUUUACAUCCGCCUGCUAGCUGAUCUGGAGGACUACCUGAAUCAGCUAUGGGAGGAUAAGGAAGGGAAAAAGAAGAUGAACAAAAACAACGCUAAAGCUUUGAGCACGCUGCGCCAGAAGAUUCGCAAAUACAACCGAGAAUUUGAAACGGAGAUUGCUACUUACAAGGAGAACCCAGAACAGUCCGCUGAUGAAGAGGAGGAGAAGGAUGAAAUCGAGAGUGGAGGGUCGUCUGCUGAGAGUGAUGAAGAGGGGGGGGAUGACGGUGUGACAGCCAAAAGCUUCAUGAAAAAGAAGCCUCAAGAGGAGGAGAAGAAAUCCCCAGAGGCCAGCAAGUUCCUCAAGGGUGCAGCUGAUGAAGAGUCUGAUAGUGAUGAUGAUGAAGAUUGGAGUUCGGACACUGAGGACAGCGGUAGUGACAGUGAGGACAACGAAGGAACUGCAGCAUCCCUGGCUGUGGCGUUCCUUAAAAAAACUCUAGAUGGUGACAAGCAGGCUGAACGCAAGGAUGAAAGGAAGAAGAGACACAAGAAGAAAGAGCGAGCGGAGGAUGAUGGCGAGGAAGAGGGAGGAGAGGCAGAGGAGGGAGUGUGGGAGAAGGUGAAGGGAGGUGUGCCACUGGUGAAGGAAAAGCCCAAAAUGUUUGCUAAAGGCACAGAGAUCAACCCUCCUGUGGUGGUGAAAAAACUCCAUGAGAUCCUACAGGCACGAGGCAAGAAAGGAACAGACAGAGCUUUUCAGAUUGAGCUACUGCAUGCUCUCGCAGGCAUCUCUGUUGAGCAUAACCUCGGUGAGGGCAUUUCUGUCAAAAUCAAGUUCAACAUUAUCGCCUCCCUGUAUGACUACAACCCCAACCUGGCCGCUUUCAUGAAGGCCGAUAUGUGGAAAAAGUGUUUGGACUGCAUUGAUGAGCUGCUGGACAUCCUGUUUAACAACAACAACAUCUUCAUUGGAGAAAAUAUUGCGGAGGACAGUGAAAAUCUGGCCAUCUCAGACCAGCCGUUCCGUGUGCGUGGCUGUAUUCUGACUCUAGUGGAAAGAAUGGACGAGGAAUUCACCAAAAUCAUGCAGAACACAGACCCUCAUUCACAGGAGUAUGUAGAUAACCUGAAGGAUGAGAGCCGUGUGUGUGGCGUCAUUGACCGGCUGCUGGAGUAUCUGGAGUCUAAAGGUAGCACGGAGGAAGUGUGUCGCAUCUAUCUGCGCAGGAUCAUGCACACUUAUUACAAGUUUGACUACAAAGCACACCGUCGCAGCCUGGGUCUACAGGGAGAGACCAAGUCUGAACAGGAUCAGGAGGAAAGUGAGGGAGAGGAUAGCGCUGUCAUUAUGGACCGCUUGUGUAAGUUCAUUUACUCCAAGGACCGCACGGACCGAAUCCGCACCUGCGCCAUUCUGUGUCACAUCUACCAUCAUGCCCUGCACAGCCGCUGGUACCAGGCAAGAGACCUCAUGCUUAUGAGCCACCUACAAGACAACAUCCAACACGCCGACCCUCCCGUCCAGAUUCUGUACAACAGGACCAUGGUGCAGCUAGGCAUCUGUGCUUUUCGUCAAGGCAUGAUCAAAGAUGCGCACAACGCCCUCCUGGACAUCCAGUCGAGCGGCAGAGCUAAAGAGCUGCUGGGGCAGGGGCUCCUCAUGAGGAAUAUGCAGGAGAGAAACGCUGAACAGGAGAAGAUCGAAAAGAGGCGACAGGUCCCAUUCCACAUGCACAUUAACCUGGAGCUUCUCGAGUGUGUGUACCUGGUGUCCGCCAUGCUGCUGGAGAUCCCUUACAUGGCAGCCCAUGAGUUUGAUGCCCGUCGCAGGAUGAUCAGCAAACAGUUCCACCACCAGCUUAGGGUGGGCGAGAGACAGCCACUGCUAGGUCCUCCCGAGAGCAUGAGAGAGCAUGUCGUGGCUGCCAGCAAAGCUAUGAAGAUGGGAGACUGGAAAACCUGCCAUUCCUUUAUUAUCAAUGAAAAGAUGAACAGCAAGGUGUGGGAUCUGUUCCCAGAAACCCAGCGUGUGCGGGAAAUGCUUGUCAGGAAGAUCCAAGAGGAGUCGUUGCGCACCUACCUGUUCACCUACAGCAGUGUGUAUGAUUCAAUCAGUAUGGAAACUCUUUCAGAGAUGUUUCAGUUAGAGUUACCCAUGGUGCACAGCAUUAUCAGCAAGAUGAUCAUCAAUGAAGAGCUCAUGGCUUCUCUGGACCAACCGACCCAGACUGUGGUGAUGCACAGAACAGAACCCACCUCCCUGCAGAACAUGGCCCUGCAGCUGGCUGAGAAACUUGGUGGCUUGGUAGAGAACAACGAACGUGUCUUUGACCUCAAGCAGGGUGUCUAUGGAGGCUACUUUAAUAGAGAUCAGAAAGGAGGAUACCAACAGAAGCAAGGCUACCAGAGAGAUCAGAAAGGCGGAUACCAACAGAAGCAAGGCUACCAGAGAGGUCAAGACCAGAGGGGAGGUUACCAGCAGAAGCAAGGUUACCAGCGAGAUCAGAAAGGCAGCUACCAGCAGAAGCAGAACUAUCAGCGUGGAGGUUACAGGAACCAGAACCAGGGCUCAUACUGAUCCCAUUGUGGCCUGCUCCAAAAAUGCCUUUAUUCUGUAACCAGACUGCAGGUUCCUCUGCUUGGCUCUCCACCCAUGUACAACUUUGGACCCGUUUGAAGUAUAAGACUUGUCUGCUUUUGCAAUGCACAUAACACCAAACCAUAUACAUUUGUCUUUGUUGUUGCAACAAAAUUGGCCCCAUAUUCAACCUUUUAUUAUAGUAAGAGAACUUGUGUUUACAGUGCAAGUUUAAGGAAUCUGGGUUAGUGCUCUUGGACAAAUAUCAAGUUAAUUGUUUCUCAACCUGAUUAAAUUAAUAAAGGUUAUAUGGUCAAAAAUGAAA